GCCGGAACACAGAACUUCGCGCAAUUGGAGUCCCUCGAUGUCAGUCAACAGCAGCUUUGCCACCACCUCUCCUGAUUCUCUUCUCUGCUGCACUUGGCGACCAUAUCGGCCGUCAGGGAAAGAAAUGCCAACGGGAUGAGGGGAUCGUAGGCCAUGUAAAUACAAAAUGUUAAACGUUUACGAGUUCAUCGACACAUUGACGCGCAGUUUGCUUUUCGAUGAUCGCAGUUAUGGUCCCGAUCGUAUCCCGUCCGUGUGUUUUAUCCACCACCGUCUGUAGCCUCGGGAAAACGCACCCGACUGUUCUUGAUAGCAUUUUUUUCGCAAACAAAAGAAGACACCCGAAAAAACAAUAAAAGAGCGCGACAGAAGGAUCGAUCCAGGUGCCCCCACCUCAUGGAGAAAGUUGGCAAGGUGUGGAGCAACCUUAAGAAGGGAUGUCAAUCUCUGCUCCACACAGAUGGGGGUUCUCGCAUUGAAAGGCCACCACAGCUUCAACCGCAAACAGACACUGUUUGCCAGAGUGGGGACAAGGCCCAGGCAGACAUCACUCUGGAGGCUGUUAGUCCCUCUAGCAGUGUGGCAGCACUCCCUCUAGUGGCAUGGAGGACCAGUGGGAGUGUGACACGACAGGGCCACAACUGUGUAGUGGAUGUACCCCAGAUACUAGAGAUCACAGUCGAGCAGGAUACUGAAGAUGCUCGAGCUCCCUUGGGAGCUCGGAGAGACUCUUACUCACGUCAUGCACCUUGGAGUGGAAAGAAGAGACACUCGUGUUCCACUAAGGCUCAGAGCUCUCUGGAGACCACAGAUCGACGAUCAGGUCGGUCUCGGCGCAGGCAUGGGGCUGGUAGCAGCCGUGAGGAACUGGAGUCAGGGGGAGCACGCUCCCUACGGCAGCAGAUUCAUGAUACAGUGGGCCUGUGCCUGCCACUGCGUUCAUCCUCUCGGAACACUCACCUUCCACCACCCAAACGUAAGAUACAAAUCACAGAGCUGAUGCUAGAGACAUGCCCCUUCGCUCCAGGAUCAGACCUUGCCCGAAAAUGGCACCUCAUUAAACAGCACACAGCACCAGUCACAGUGACACAAGUAGAUUCAUCCACAGAUGCUUGCAGUGCUACCUGUGCAUCUCCGGAAGAUGAAGAGGAGCGCUUGAGAGAGAGAAGACGACUCAGCAUUGAGGAGGGUGUUGACCCACCUCCAGAUGCCCAAAUUCACACAGUGGAGGCUAUCACAGCGCCUCUGGCUUCCCUUUAUAAACUGGGACCUAAAUUGGCCCCUGGAAUGGGUGAGGCCACAGGAGAUAGCCGGGGGGCAACAGCAGCUAACUGUGACUCUGAGGAUGACGAUACCACCACUCUUUGCUUGCAAGCUCGCAGGCCCAAGCAGCGGCACGCUUCGGCGGAGGGCAUCCUGAGCAGCAAGCAACAGGGGCCUUGGAAAGUACACACUCAGAUUGACUACAUACACUGCUUGGUUCCAGAUCUGCUACAGAUCACAGCACUUCCCUGCUACUGGGGUGUGAUGGACCGUUAUGAGGCUGAAGCACUGCUGGAUGGUCGGCCUGAGGGAACCUUUCUCCUGCGAGACUCGGCUCAAGAAGACUACCUGUUUUCUGUUAGCUUCCGCCGCUAUGGCCGUUCGUUGCACGCUCGCAUUGAGCAGUGGAAUCACAACUUCAGUUUUGAUGCACACGACCCUUGCGUGUUCCAUGCAGCCACCGUCACGGCACUCUUGGAACACUACAAGGACCCUAGCGCUUGCAUGUUCUUUGAGCCAUUGCUCACUGUUCCUCUGCACCGGACUUUUCCAUUUGGCCUGCAAAGCCUGGCUCGAUCAGCCAUUUGCGGUGGGGUCACCUACGAUGGCAUCGGGGCACUGCCACUGCCCCCUGCUCUGCAGGACUACCUCAGGGAGUAUCAUUAUAAGCAGAGGGUCCGCGUACGCUGGCUUGAGAGAGAACCAGUCAAGGCCAAGUGAGGCAGGGCAGAUACUUCUCAGCUCUCCAACAGGAGUAGUCCAUUCAGCACUUUGCAGAGGUGGAGGAAUUAGUUUUUUUUGGGGUGGGGGGAUGUUCAGGGUUGAAAGGAGGGACCUGAAACUGAACACUAUAUAAGCUCCUAUCAUUUUUUUAUCACUCUUAACAAACAAAAGAAAUUACAUAUACAGUGGCUCUCCAGUGUGCACAUUUCAUUACAGCUUCUGGAAUAGAAAGCAGCAGCCGAGGUCUCAUUUUCCCUUCUCCCUCAGUUUCCAUGGCUAUGGGGGAAUCUGCAGAUACAGAUAUUUUCAUACCCCUCCACUCUUUCACUGCUUGACUUUGUGGUUUAUAGCCAUUUCACUUUAUUUUUGUUGUACCGUUUACCUGCUCUCAAAUCCCUUACGUUAAAUAUGCAUUGUUAAUGUUCAAAGUAACAUUGCGGACAAAUUUUGAGAGAAGGGGAAAUGAAGGGUGAUGUUCAAAUAUUGCUUUCCCAGCUUCUUUCAUCAUCCUUAGCUUUUAUGGUGCUCUGUCAGUGGUUCCUAUGGUAACAUUCUGCGCUCAUUCCGUUGUUAAAGGAGGAGGCAUUCUAGAGCAGGACAUAGAAAGGCUUUCAUCCUGCUCAUAGAGAACGAGACGAAGAAAUCAUGAAAGAUGGAUUGACUUUAAACUAUGUGUCCAGACAGCUUUUGGGAAUGCGUUGCAGUGGAGAGAAGGGUUCUAUGGCAUUCUGCUUCCAGGAAGCGAUAAGAUGUGCACAACGUGGCACGGUGUGAUGUGAGAGUGCUCGGUUUUCAAAAAACAUAGUUACUCACACUCUGCGUUCUGUUGCUGUCAAUGUUUUGUAAUCAUUAAUUCCUACCACUAAUUGCACAGGGGGGUGACUAAUUCUGUAUCGUCUUUUUUGUAUUGAUUUGAAUGGUCUAUCAGUGCCCUGGAGGUUGGGCGCUGGUUGAGAGCACUUUAACUUUAACUGUGCUUAUGUUAGUGGGUGAAGCAAAGGCAAUACAUUAACCUGCUACACUGGGACCAUUGCUUUUAGACAUAAACACCCUCCUAUAUAGGAAUAAA